AUGGGUUCCAACAACGACAUCAAUGUUCUAGACCAAUCAACGAUAUUCAACGACAUCUACAUUGGAAAAUCGUAUGAUGUGUCAUUUCAAGCAAAUAAAACAUCAUACAAACCCGGUUACCACACGGGUUACCACAGUGUCUGUAAGUGUUUCUCUUUAGAAGCGAUUGAGCACAGCCAUAACCACCGUCUGUUUCACUUCGUGUUAACAUUCAAGCAAUUGUAUAUCGAUUCCUCCUCGGUUCCUUUGGAUUCCAUCUACAUCGAUAACCUGAUAUCAGGGACAGAGGAUUUUUUUGUUGUUGGACAUCAUAUCUUAGUUCUUACUCAGGUUUCUGUCGCCAGCUAUUUUCAGAUUCCCAGCUUCAAAAUUAUUUUUCAGGUUCGUCAAUACGGUUUUGAACAAAAUUCGUUAAUAUCACCUCGAAGCAAUUUCAUUUUAGAGGUGUUAGGCCUGAUCAUGCCAAUGCAUUGUCGUGGUUCUUAA